AUGAGAAGUAAAAGUCAUAAUAAGGCCAAAUCUCUACACACUGUCCAAGAGGUUUCAAACACCAACACAUUUUUUAUUAGUCGAGUCACUCAAAGAUCAUUUAUAAAAAGUAUCAUUCCUCCACUUUAACUUCCUUAAUUGCCCCAGAUUCAGGUUCCAGCUUCUUUGACUGGACGAGUUGUAGCAAGAAAAGUGAUUAAGGCUACUUAAUUAAAGACUUAAGAAAGUGUUCAUGAGAAUGAGAUUAAACAAUAGCAAUCAAUAUUCAAGUUGGUUGCUUCAGCAGAAUUUAAAAAUAUCAUUACCGAAGAGAAGUCUAAAAAAGAGGAGGAUAAGAAUUUUACGUUGGAUGGUCCCUUGGAAUUUAAAAAAGAAUGGAGGAGCAAAAUCUUUAAGAGGAAUCCUAAUAUUGAAGGGUCUAUUGAUUAAAUAGAUGAAAAUCUGAACAUGAAAAUGUUUCUGAAAAAGAUCAGGUAAAUCAUUACUACCAGUCACAUUUAACAUGAUGAUAUUCAUACUAACGAGAAUAGCUUUUUGUCAGAUAAGUUCAAAACCUAGAUGACAAGUCCUAGAUUUACAUUUACUAAUCAUCUUUCUACGAUUUAGUUUUAGAACUAGGCAACUCAGUUGUAGAAGGCAGGAACCAUUGUGUCUCAAGUCUUAGAGGCUAUCGAAGAGAAGAAAGCUGAGAUUCAACCAUUGCCAUAGAACAAUCGUCGAAAAUUAACAAUAUCCGUAUGUAGUCCAGAGAACGAAGUAGGAAUAUUCUCUUUCAGUAUACCAGAUUAUGGAUAGCGAUUACAAGAGAAUGAUGAGAUUCAAGAGUACAGUGACAAGCCUAAACAUGUGUUGAAGUAAGCUUUGCAAUUUGUAAGUAAAUACAAAUUCAUUGUAGAUCUCCUCAUAACCCAAGAAAAUGACAACCAAGUUUUCGAAAUCUAUUCUUAAGAUUGUUGGAGUUACAGAAUAAGAGAAUUAGCAAGAGGAUGUCCACCAAUAUUAUAACAUAUAAAAAGUAAUUAUUUUAUGAAGUAAGACUAGGAGGUUCAUGAAGAUGUACUUGCAAAAUAAGAUGUCUCGCACAUUCACCAAAUUGGAGGAGAAUAUCCUAUUGCAUUUGCAAUUAAUACAAGAGAAAAGAGGUUCCAUCUCCUUCUCGAAACCAAAUGAAAGUCAAUAGUCUAGCAGAGUCUAUUCUUGGUGUACUAAUCCUGCUAAUAGUAAUCACGAAUCACUGUCUAAUCCAACAUUCUAAAUUGAAAUCGAACCCAAUCGUUUCCUAUUAUCGUAAAUCUAUUAACAUGAUUAUUCAUUUGAUAAUUCGGAAUUUGGUAAUCAAAGUUUCAGCAGUGAUAAUCAAUUUUAAGAUAUAUUGCAAUGUUCAUCCUAAAUAAAAAUUGUUAAUCUAAGCAAUCACAUUUAAUUCAUUGUAAAUACAUUAGAUUGCGAAGAUAGAAACAUGAUGUUGCAUGAUUUCAAUUUCUAAAUUGAUACAAAAUUUAUUAAUGAUCGCCUUAAUCCUGUUCUCGAUGAUGGUUAAAUUAUUAGAAAGAUUAAUUCUUAGAUGAGGUAUCUUAAAAAAAGUGAUCAGAUUAAGGUUUCAAAACUUAUGUUUUUUCAAUAUAAUAGCAUUUUGACAGGAGAAUUUGAAGAUCAUCAUGAAAUCGACAAUUUAACCACUGAUUAUGGUUUGAUUGAAUUGGAACCUGAAGAUCAGCCAUAACAUAGACAAUCUACUAUUAAAAUUGACAUAGCUAAGAUGUUUAUCAAGGCUGCCAAACCAAUUUAGAAGAAGAAAUCCAAUCAAGAUUAAUCUCCACCUAGUGAGAGAUCGAAUCAAAAGCAUAAUUCCAAGAUUAUCUCAUCUCCUCGUCAUCAAACCAUAAAUCAACAGAGCAAACCUGCCAAACAAUUAUUAGAAGCCACCUCAAGUCAAACAAGUGUUUUAAGAAGGAGAAGUGAUUCUCCUCAGGAGGAAAUUAGCAUCAAAGAGAAUAGCAAUAAUACUAGUUAAUCUAAUAAAAUGAAAGCCACCAUUACUUAAACUAUUCAAAAUACUACAGCCCCCAUCUCUUAAAAAGAGGAUCUGAUUAAACCAACUGUUACCAAGAGUCAAGAAAGAAGAAAGGCUGUGAUGAUAUCUUCAAUGAGUAAGCACUCCCUGCAAAUGAGAACAUAGAUUACUGAAUCUCGGAGGAGGUAGUCCAUACCUGUUAUAGAAAUUGCUAAGUUGUUCAUAGAAGAACAGAAGUUAGCUGAGGUAUCAGUAAUGCGAUUAUUUAAUAGUUAGAGGAACUCUUUGCGAAUAAUCCAAAUCUGCCGAUCAAUGAAAGAUUGAAAGAUGGAAAUACGUAUUUGAUUAUUGCAGCUCAAACUGGAAAUGUCGAAAUAGUUGAAUUACUUCUACGCAAGGGAUCCUUUGUAAACAUGUAAAAUGUAAGUGUCUCUUAUUAUUGUUUAAGAAUGAUGGAGACACUGCUUUGCACAAAGCUAUUGCAUACAAUUACUUUAACAUUGCUGACAUCUUGAUUUCUCAGGGAGCUUCAAACUUGAGGAAUAAUGAAGGUUUGACUCCUUGGCAAUUUGUGUAAUGA